CUUUCCCUUGGAGGAAAACAUUGGCGCAGCACUAACAGGCUCGCUCAAUGUCUCAUCACGCCACCUCCGGCAUAACGCCGGAAUCUCUAUUGGCGUCGGGUCGGAGUUCGGAGAAGCUAAGCCUGCCGUCACUGCAAUCUAAAAUGAAGUGUGACCCUGAAGGAUACGAGUCUGAGCUAGUCCUUCUCUACAACCAAUUCAAUUCGUCGUUGGAACUCUUUCAGCAGCAAGCGGCGAUGAGUUUCACCUCUAUUAGUGGCAUUGGUAGCGACUCCUCCGUAGCCAAAGACCUCGGUGACAGGGCUAUGUUCUUGGCUCACGUCACUCCCUUCUAUCCUACGCAUCUUGCUGAUUUCCCCAAGAAGCUGGCGGAUUUGCUUCACUCUGCCGGAAGCACGCUACUUUCUGGGCUUCGGUGUCACCUGACGCAGGCUCUCAUCCUCCUCGUAAAUAGACAGAUUGUUGAUAUUGGGGAAACACUUUCAUUGUUCAUGGAUCUCCAAACCCUUGAUGACAGAACGUUAAGAAAGUUGGCGUUUGAUCAUGUUGUUCAUAGCAUUAGGCGCAUGAAUCAAAAACAUAAAAAUGAAGCCAAGAAUCGAGCACUUCAAAAUGUCUUGUUUGGGAUGCUACAGCAAGAAGAUGUAGCAAGGGCUAAGCAAGCACUGAUCACUCUAUGUGAACUUCACCGGAGGAAAACAUGGUUUGAUGAUAGAACUGCAAAUGCCAUCUGUACAGCUUCCUUUCAUCCAUCGUCAAGGAUCAUGAUAGCUGCUUUGUCAUUUCUUUUGGAUUAUGAGAAGAUUGAAAAUGAUGAAGACAGUGAUGAUUCUAGCAGUGAAGAUGAAUCAUCUGCACAACCUCAAGUUCUCCUCAGUAAGGAGGCAAUUUACAAGGCACACCACAAAGGUACAGUAGCUAGCAAGAAAAAGAAGAAAGCUAAACUGCAGCGUGCCAUGCGAAGCUUGAAAAGACAGCAACGCAUGUCCUCUGGAAACAAGAAUACCACUAAUUAUUCACCACUUAAUCACCUGAAAGAUGCACAGGGUUUUGCUGAGAAGUUGUUCUCUCGCCUUCAAAACUGUAAUGAACGAUUUGAGGUUAGGAUGAUGAUGUUGAAAGUGAUUACUCGAACAGUUGGACUUCACCGAUUGAUUUUACUUAAUUUAUAUCCUUUUCUUCAGAAAUAUGUUCAGCCACAUCAACGAGAUGUCACAAAUUUGCUUGCAGCAGCAGUACAGGCUUGCCAUGAUAUGGUUCCUCCAGAUGCAGUCGAGCCCUUGUUUAAACAGAUAGUAAAUCAGUUUGUGCAUGACCGCUCACGUCCAGAGGCUAUUACUGUUGGAUUAAAUGUGGUGAGGGAGCUAUGCAUGCGCAUGCCCUUGCUUAUGACGGAGGAGUUGCUACAAGAUCUUGCACUAUAUAAGAAGUCACAUGAUAAGUCAGUUUCAAUUGCCUCCCGAUCUCUGAUUGCUUUAUUCAGAGAGGUUUGUCCUUCACUACUUAUAAAGAAGGACCGUGGGCGGCCUAUUGACCCUAAGGCAAGACCAAAAGCCUAUGGAGAAGUUAGUGUUGCAGCUGAUGUUCCUGGUCUUGAGUUGCUACAGACUCUUGACAGUGACAAUGACCAGGAGGACGAUGAUGCAGAUGACUCUAUACUUAGUGGCUUUGGCAGUGAUGGAGAAAAUGGUAAUGAAGAGAACCAAGUGACUGGUGAUGAUGUUGGAAGUGAGGAUGAUGUUGCAGAUGGUAGUGAUGUUGGAUCAGAAAAUGUCGAUAAUGAAACUGAAGAUGAAGAGGACAAUCUCGAAGACAAUGAAAAGGUUGAUGAAGAUGAUGGUGAGGGUAUGGAACAUGAUGAUAGUGAUCUAAAUAUAUCUAGUGAUGCUGAACUAUAUGCAUCUGGUGAUGACGAUUCUCUUAGAUAUGGUGGUGAUGACGAUUCUCAUACAUCUGGUGAUGAUGAGAGCGUUGAUAUAAAGAGUAAGAGUAAUCAACCCUCGGACAAAAAAAGGAAGUUUACUGAUUCUGGUGAACAACUCAAUGUUGGUGAUGCAAGUCUUCGAGCUCUGAAGAAAUUAGCCAAAACAGAUGGAAUACUUUCUAAUGAGGACUUCCAAAGGAUCAAGGAGCUAAAGACAAAGAAGGAAGCUAAAAGUGCAUUGGCUCAGCAUGGGUUAGCAAAGUCUGCAGCGGUAAAGGUUGCAAGCUCUGAUCAACUUAGUCGGAAACCUAUGGAUCCUGCCAGGCUUGAAGUUCACGUGAGGAAAAAACUAAGCAAAGAUGAAAGAUUGGCAUUGAUUAGAGCAGGGAGGGAGGAUAGAGGAAAAUACAUGGCUCGAGCAGCUGUCAAACAGAAAAAGACGGGUGGCUUGAGCAAUCGCCAGAAAGAGCAUAAGAAGAAGAUGCCACUGGCGGCAAAGAGAGAUAAGGCGGCGAAAUCUCGUUUAGAGAAAAAGAAAAAGCACAACCGGUCUGGCAAACAGUUCCGAGGGAGGAAAGCCUGGAAAUAGCCGCUCAUAUGCGCACACUUUAUGAGCAAUGCAGUUUUGUUUUUCAUCUUUUGCAGCCAUCUAUGUCAUUAUCAUAGGAGCUAAAAAAUUCACUUGGGUUCUUUUUUCCUCCUCCUAGUAUCAAAAGGAAUGUAAUGGAAUGUAAUAUAGUGAUGAUGAUAAUUGGAAUUGGAAUAUUUUUAAUUUUCAUAUUUAAUUUAAUCAUAAUAUAGGCCGAAAAAGACUAAAUGACCCCCAUGCUUUCCUUCCUCCACAA